AUGGCUGCUGCGAAUGUUAGUCCCAACCGUAUCGAGGCAUUCCCAAUCACCGCAGGCGCAAUCCCCAAUGUGACUGCCCCGUCCUCCCCCACCAUCCGCUUUCUGGGCCUCAAUUCCACCAUUGCCUCUGUCGAUCUGGGCGUCAAGGCGCCUUUACUUCUAUCCGCACUCUUUUUGAUAUCUAUACACCCACCAGCACGAUGCUACCGCUCUCAACGCAACAUACCCCCUCCGCGGCAUCCUGAAGACCAGCGCCAUGCACAAGACCAUCUCAAACCAGAAGUUCACCAUUGA